AUGAUGGGCAGGUGUUGCGUAGCGAGCUGCAGGAACAGCGGUUCCGAGUGCGACGAGGCCGCUGCGCUGUUCGGAGUGCCGAUCGAGGCUGACCAACGCGGCCGAUGGCUGGCGGCCGUCGGCCCGAGCGCUCGCUCGUUCAACAGCAUCAGUCUGAUCUGCGAGAGGCAUUUCCGAGAGGAUCAGAUUGAGAGGCAGCCAGUUGUUAGGGAUUCUUUUGGCAAUGUUACUUUUCAGGGAGCGCUCGUCAAGCUUUCCCUGGCGAAAGACGCCGUGCCAUCAAUAUUCUGCGAACGUACCGAAGUGACCACGGACAAGAAACGAAAAGCGCCUCCGUUGGAGCAACCAAAUAACGCGAAUGCCGUAGGCAGCUCCGACGAGGGUAAUCCCGGCGCAAAGUGCAGCAAUAUCGUAGUUUCCUUUCACGAAAAUCAAACCAGUUCCAUACAGUACGUCAUCAAUGGCUCGCAAGCUCUGCCGGCACACGCUAAUAGUACCGGACACGUGACAGCCGUAUCAAAUACAGCUGUAGUCGAUAAGCAACUAGUACUUCAAAGAAUUCCAGAUCCGGAUCGAUCAAAUGCCCAAAUGGGUCAAGAAGUUACCGUAGCUACACCCAAGGACGAAGUCCUUUACUUAAGUCAAGUAAAGAACAAUAACUGCCCUCCGCAGAAAAAAAUAAAGAGGUCCAAAAGGAGUACAUUUCAGACUCCUCUACAACAGUCGGAGAAAGAUAUGAAUUUGCGCUCGUUCGAUCAGAUUUAUCAAAACAGCGACAAAAUCAAAUUGCCAAAUUCAAUGUGGGGCUAUCACAAAAACGACAAGGACAACAAUAUCAUGGUUUUCUCAAAGAUCAAGUGGUUCAGUACAAAUGCGUGUACCUUGCCUCUAUACGAACGACAGGUAAUUUUCCACGAAAGCAGCGAAUUGAAGAUUUACAUAAACAACACAUUCUCACCACUGGAGACACCUCGCCCACGCGACAUUGCUGAGAUGGAGCAAGUAUUAUUGGACGUCGACAGGUUGUCGUUGUGUUCAGGUGGUCCCUCGAUUGAGUUUGCACAAACUGCCGCUCUCGCGCAAAAGGAUCACGCGGUCGGUCGCUGGCGUCACAAGUAUUGCCCAAUUAUUGUCGCAAACUACGAGAACAUCUGUAAAUACUGCAGCUCUAUCAAUCAAGUGUUCAGGUAUCCCAAACAAAAGAGGAUGCCUUUCGGUAAACGUGCGCUGCGUGCACAGAAGCAGCAAGCGAAGGAUUGUAGCUGACGAUCGAAUGUCUUUAAUUAUAAAUAUGUGGUUGUCAA